GGGUUGCGAGUUGGGAGUCCGACGGGACGGUGCCGCGCCGCACGCCCGCACCUCUCGUCUCGUGCAGGUGCGGACCGGUGCAGUGCAGUCGUGCGUGCUCGCUUUUCUUCCUCCGCACCGGCACGGCGGCACCUCCACCGCUUCUUCUUCUCCUUCGUCCGCCGCCGCGCUUACGAAGAGUCUGGGACGAUGCAACCGCUUCCGCGUUAUUAUUAGCAAAAAAUAAAAAAGGGUAAUCUAAUCUCCCCUUGCAAAUUGCAAUAGAGUCAUCCAAAUCCAAAUCCAAAUCCAAAUCCAAAUCCAAACCCCCCUCAACUCAACCUCAACCUGUCUUGAUUUGACUUUGCAGGAUCCGUCCGAGAACAGCCACUAGUCUCCGUCUCCGAUGCCGUCCUCGAUGGCUAAAUCCCUCCUCCUCCCUCCCCCCUUCGUCUCCGUCUCACCCCGCCCGCACCCUCACCCGCGCGCCGGCUUCCCUGUCCUCAAGCCCCGCCGCACCAUGCUGCUGGCCGCCACCGGCGGGGACGCCACGCCCGCGCCCGCGCCAGACGCCGACGCCAACUCCAGCACCAACCCUCUCGCCGCGCUCGUCGAGGUGCCCCGCGCGCUAUGGCGCCGCACCCUGCAGCCCCUCGGCGACUACGGCUUCGGCAAGCGCAGCGUCUGGGAGGGCGGCGUCGGCCUCUUCAUGGUCUCCGGGGCCGCCCUCCUCGCCCUCGCCCUCGCAUGGCUCAGGGGAUUCCAGCUCCGCUCCCGCUUCCGCAAGUACAACACCGUCUUCGAGUUCACGCAGGCGUGCGGCAUCUGCGUCGGCACGCCCGUCCGGAUACGAGGGGUCACCGUCGGAUCCGUCGUCCGCGUCGACUCCUCCCUCAGGAGCAUCGAUGCCACCGUCGAGGUUGAAGAUGAUAAAAUCAUCAUACCACGGAAUUCAGUGGUCGAGGUGAACCAGUCCGGUCUUCUAAUGGAGACACUCAUUGAUAUCACACCCAAGGAUCCACUCCCUGCACCUUCAGUAGGACCACUUGACCCUGACUGCACCAAAGAAGGCUUGAUUCUCUGUGACAAAGAGAGGAUGAAAGGACAGCAAGGUGUAAGCUUAGACGCAUUGGUGGGGAUAUUUACUCGUCUAGGUCGAGACAUGGAGGAGAUUGGCGUUAGCAAAAGCUAUAAGUUGGCUGAAAAAGUUGCAACUAUAAUGGAAGAAGCACAGCCUCUUCUUACACGGAUUGAGGCCUUGGCUGAAGAAAUGCAACCUUUACUCUCUGAGGUUCGUGAAAGUGAUCUGCUGAAGGAUGUGGAGACUAUAGCUAAAGGCCUGGCUGAUGCGUCUGGUGACCUAAGAAAGCUGAAGUCGUCCAUGCUUACUCCAGAGAACACAGAUCUUAUUAAGCAGUCUAUUUUCACCCUUAUAUUUACCCUGAAGAACAUUGAGAGUAUCAGCUCGGACAUCUCUGGGUUCACUGGCGAUGAGACGACAAGGCGGAACAUCAAGCUUCUGAUCAAGUCUCUCAGCAGGCUAUUGUGAUUGGUUUUUCAGUGCGCAGGAAAAAAGAAAUGAUGGAUUGCUUUGCUUUGCUUUGCUUGAGACGGGGAGUUGAUGCUUUGCUGGUACUGGUAGAGUAGGGUGGCAGGAGUAGCUAAUUAAUGUUCCACAAGAUUUUGAUAAUUCUGGUUCCAAGUUUUUAAAAAAUCUUGAACAAUCUAAAAACUCGAUCUCGGUCAAUCACGAAAAGAGCAGGCAUGAGGAGAGAGAUGGAUCUCCCUCCUUGUUGAGCUGUUGUAAGUCAUCAUCAUCAUAAAUAGUAGGCCCAUUUUUUCGGUUGUACAUCAGCUGUUGGAAAUGUGCAACCAAGUUAAGAAAUAUAUAUUUUUCUGUUGUUUU